CCUGUGCCUUGUGAGGCUGGCAUGCAGGAUGGCCGGACAGCCCAGCCACAUGCCCCACGGAGGGAGCCCGAACAACCUCUGCCACACGCCGGGGCCCGCACACCCUCCUGACCCACAGAAGCACCCGAACACCCUGUCUUUUCGCUGCUCGCUGGCAGACUUCCAGAUCGAGAAGAAGAUAGGCCGAGGACAGUUCAGCGAGGUGUACAAGGCCACCUGCCUGCUGGACAGGAAGACAGUGGCUCUAAAGAAGGUGCAGAUAUUUGAGAUGAUGGACGCCAAAGCCAGGCAGGACUGCGUCAAGGAGAUUGGCCUCCUAAAGCAACUAAACCAUCCCAACAUCAUCAAGUAUUUGGACUCGUUUAUUGAGGACAACGAGCUGAACAUUGUGCUGGAGCUGGCCGAUGCGGGUGACCUCUCGCAGAUGAUCAAGUACUUUAAGAAGCAGAAGCGGCUCAUCCCCGAGAGGACGGUGUGGAAGUACUUCGCACAGCUGUGCAGCGCCGUGGAACACAUGCACUCUCGCCGGGUGAUGCACCGAGACAUCAAGCCUGCCAACGUGUUCAUCACGGCCACGGGCGUCGUGAAGCUUGGUGACCUCGGCCUGGGUCGCUUCUUCAGCUCCGAGACCACCGCAGCCCACUCCCUAGUGGGGACGCCGUACUACAUGUCACCGGAGAGGAUCCACGAGAAUGGCUACAACUUCAAGUCCGACAUCUGGUCUCUGGGCUGUUUGCUGUAUGAGAUGGCAGCUCUCCAGAGCCCCUUCUAUGGAGAUAAAAUGAAUCUCUUCUCCCUCUGCCAGAAGAUCGAGCAAUGUGACUACCCACCUCUCCCUGGAGAACAUUACUCUGAGAAGUUGCGAGAACUGGUCAGUAUGUGCAUCUACCCCGACCCCAACCAGAGACCGGACAUCGGAUAUGUGCACCAGGUUGCCAAACAGAUGCACGUGUGGACUUCAAGCACCUGAACGUGGACGCAGCGUGCCUUAUCAGAGCCGCACCACUUUGCCUUACUUGAGUCUUCUCUCCAAAGUGGCCGCCUGGUAGCCUAGAUCAACUAAGACAAGAGGGUUCAGCGGGUUCCCCGAGGGGGCCGGGCUUUACAGCAGAUGCCGAAUGCAGAGCAGCUGGGGGGAGGGGCACUGGUCACACGUUAACUGGUGGUCAAAUUCGAAAGUCCUUUCUUUAAACUUUUGUGGACAAUCUCAGCUGGGUUGUUACCAAGGGUGAGUGGUUGGGCGAGCCACUGACGCGCCCCAUGUGUCUGGACUGUAAUGUGAAUCUUGAGGAUAAUUCCUUCAGUGACCUGUCAAGGUUUGUAAGAACAGGGGGGUUGCAGGAGACCGUGUGAUUUGUAGUGAGCCUUUCAAAAUGGUUAGUAGCAAGUUCGGUUUAGCUCUUAGAAUCUUUUUUAAAAAAAUCAAGCUGUGUGCUUGCUCUGUUGUAAAAGGAUAAGGUGGAAAUAAUUUUUUUUUAAGCAGAGUGAUUUUCCUAAUAUUUUAUCUAUGUUUAUAACUCGAUGAAUGACGAUGAGGAGAACUCAGCAUCUGGCACAGAGCUUCAGAAGGCAAAUAAUAUUGGGAAGCCACGUGUGCCUUCCAUGCAGUCCGGCUCAGCCGCCUUCUCCUGAACACCUGCCAUGUAGCAGGCACUUCUGUCACCUGCUUCAGUGCUGGCAGGUCACUUAACAAUCAGUGUUAAGCGUUGUCCUCUGUGGGAAGGAAGCAUGGGGUACCAAAAAAAAAAAAAAACAAAACAAAACAAAUAUAAAACAUGCCCUUGGGCUGUUCUCUGUGCAAGUUCUGGUUCUGCAACUUCCUGCCGCGACCCUGGGCAUCUUCCUUAGCCUGAGCCUUAAUUUCUUCAUCUGUAAACUGGGACUAAGACUAUCUACCUUCAGCGUUGCUGACAGAAUUUGAAAUAAAAUCUGCAGGUUACCUAGCAUCAUCGCCUUGCAGACGAUCCCAAAAUGGUUGCCACUCCCCCCUUCACAAAACUGACCCAUGGACCAUGUAAGUCAAGAGUUAACAUACAGCUGUAUUAUGCGUAGGAAACCAGAACUAUGUUCAUUUAUUUGUUCCCAAAUAGGAUUAACUGUGAAGACUAAUUUAUAAAUGUGAACUUAAGGAAAACUCAAGCUCUGAAGGAAAUCGUUUGCUUAUACUCAAGUUAAUCCUCAAAUGGUCUAAGUUGUCACCUGCUGACUUGGUGACAGUUCAGCCCUCCAGCUAGAUAGAGACAUGCCCGCCCGCUCUGUUAGCGUUCUGGUCAGGUGGUCCGCUUGCAGCCAACUUGCUGACCAGGGGCCCAGGCCUCGCUGGGGAUAAAGGACUUGGGCUGGGCCACUGCUCUGUUUCCAUGUGUGAACUCUGUUCUACUGUAACACUGUCGGGUUUGAGACAUUUUCUUCAGAUGCAACCUUUGCUUUGUACUUGUUCUCCAUGUUUGAAAUAAAACGGGGUAAGA